AUGAACCCCCCGGACAAUGGAGUCGCUAGUUUCCAGCCGGUCCAUCGCCCGGAUGGUUCUGCAACCUACACCUGCCCGUUGACGGGGUUCAACGUCCUGGGCGCAGUGAACGCGCCUAUCGAGCUCCCUGCACGCCGCGACGCCCUCAAACCCGAGGAAGCCACACUCGAGGUGUUUGUGAAGCCGGCUACGUCUUCUCCGGCGGUGGGGGAACGGUACGUGGAGGGGAUUCUACGGAACCUGUUGGGAGCGAUAAUCCUGGGUCGCGAGAAGGGAUUCCCCAGACGAGGGGUUGUGUUGACUCUGGCUGUUCUGGAAGGCGGAGAUUCAAAGGCGACAGGUAGAGGAAGCUCGUAUCUCACUCUUCUCCCUGCUCUUCUGCACACGGCACUGCUCGCUUUACUUUCCGCCUCAGUACCCAUGUCAAUGUAUUUUACGACGACGAUCAUCGCCGUGACGCCGUCAGGAGAGAUUAUUUGCAAACCCUCAAUCAAGGAUGCAGAUGAGGCAGCCUCGGUGCAUGUCCUGGCAUUCUCUUCUAAGGGGCAUCUGUUAUUGACUGAGAGCGAAGGGUCGUUUGACUUUGAUACGUGGGAGAAAGUCCAUGAUCGCGCUCUGACGAUCUGCCACCUCCCGGAAGAGGCCAGUGCGGGCAACGGCAAGGUUGAAUACGCGGUCGGAAGUACAUGGCAGAAAUGGCUGGCGGAGUCUGUCGAGGACUACAUCGGGUUCAAAUAUGCUUACGAAUUCGCUUGA